AUGGAACUCAUGCCUCCAAUCAAUCUGAAAGUCGCAAACAGGGACCGUCAACAGGUAAACGCACUUAUUUCUGACUCUCUUCAGUCCUCGUCUGCAACGAUCCCCGGCUCCCUGCGAAAGAAGCUCCAGCAAUGGACAAGCUACGGCGCCGCCUUCACGCAGAAGAUAGAAGUCAGCUGCGCCACGAAAUCGAAGCCCCUCGACUGCAUCAACAACAAAAACAGCGAAAAACUACUCGGACUACUCAAGGAGGAGAUAUCAAAGGCUAAUUACGGGCUCGCUCACGUUGCUGACGAGUAUAAGGCGAAGGAAAUGCUACAGGGGCUUUAUGAUGUACUCAGCUGGUUCUGCAUGAACGAGCCAUCUGCUCGUUUCUGUCGAACCCUGGUUCUCUCCGGUUUCACGCUGACAGAAGUGAACACCGAGGCCUUUUCGCCAGAAGAAUUGAUCGUGGAAGCGAACACGCGCUACGAGGCGUUCCUCCGAUUGAUGUGCGACUUCAAAAUGCUUGGCUCCUUCAGACCGCAGUCCAGCUUUGGAGAAAGCUUCGAGACCGACCAGUGCUCGGCGACAUUCCUGUUGAUGCAGGUUCACACGCAGUCCCUGGAUUCGGUGGAAAUCAUCCCCGUCCAGAGCAGCCACGCUUGCCAUGCCGAAAAGGGAUGUUGGAAGCAAAUGAGCCUGCGUGCGGCGAUUAUUGACUUGUUUGGGGAGUACACGCAAAGCUCGAAGAAGAAGUUCAUCAACAUGUGGCGAGACGCAAUGAGCCCACUCUUGACUCCUCCGGAAGACUCCAUUCUAAUCGAGAGCAGUUGCAUCAGACCCACUCUCAGCAAAUUCAUCCAGACCAGAGAUGAUAUGUCGAAUCAGUUUGACAAAGCUCCCGCUCCGCAGAAGAAAGCUGGAGACCAGACCAAUUGA